UAUAUGGCCGAAAAAUGAAGAUAAAGAUGGUCGCCAGGACAUCCUGCUCGGAGCCCGCGAGGCCAGCUGUCGACGAGAUGGUAGCCCGGGUGCCCGCUCUGCUGUGGGCGCUGGCUGCGGCAGCCUCCUGCGUCAGCACGGAGUCUUCAGCGCGGCGCACGAUGGCGGAGUUCGUGACGGUAGACAUCUCCCAGGGCAGACUGCGGGGCAAGAGAGUCACCUCCGAUGCCACUGGGAGCACAUUCUACAGCUUCAGGGGCAUUCCUUACGCCAAGCCACCAUUGGGGCCUCUCAGGUUCAAGCCUCCACGGCACGCGCUGGCGUGGACCGGCACCAGAGACGCCCUGGAGGAGGGACCCAGCUGCCUGCAGAACGACAUGCGCUCCGGCGAGCUGAAGGGCAGCGAGGACUGCCUGUACUUGAACGUCGCCACGCCUCAGUUGCCCGAGACCUCGCCCAAGCCCGUCAUGGUGUUCAUCCACGGCGGCAAGUUCAAGGGCGGCUCGGGAUCCAUGGACACCUUCGGCCCCGACUUCCUGGUGGCCCAAGAUGUCGUCUAUGUCUCCGUCAACUACCGCAUCGGAGCUUUCGGUUUCCUGUACCUGGAAGGUGCUGACGUCACAGGAAACAAUGGGUUCAGGGACCAGGUGAUGGCCUUGAAGUGGGUGAGGGACAACAUCGCUCAGUUCGGGGGAGACCCUAGCAAUGUGACUAUCUUCGGGCAGAGUGCAGGAGCCGCUAGUGUUCAUUUCUUAAUGUUGUCGCCACUUGCCAAAGGACUGUUCCACCAGGCCAUCUCGCAGAGCGGCACGGUGUUCAUCGGCGCAGCGAACCUGGCGGUGGACGAGGCAACCAGGAGGACGCGCAGCGUUGCCAAGUUGCUGGGCUGCUCCUACGAGGACGCCGGCGACAUAGCGGACUUCCUGAGGAGACUUCCCUCCGAUACGUUCAUCAGCAGCAGAGACAAGAGUCGCGCGGGGGACAAGCUGCAUCAGGAACUGAGCGAGGCCUUCUACCCCAGCUACGAGACCGGCCCAGCGGCCUUCCUGCCGGACACCCCCAGGAACCUCCUGGAGAGCGGACGGUUCGCGAAGGUCCCGUACAUAAUCGGCAUCACAUCGUCUGAGAAGAUUGGCAUGGUGCUAAUGCGCAUGUCUUCCCCAAAGCGAUCAGAAGUAGACUUCAUGUCGAUGGUCCCAAUCGACCUCAUCAACGAAAUCACCGCAGAAAAAAGCAAGGAGGUCGCAGAACAUCUUAAGGAAUUCUACUUUGGCGACAAGCAACUGAAUGACGACACAAUUAUGCAGUUAGUGAAUAUGGACUCCGACAUGGACUUCGUGUUCCCCAUGCACCGUGUGGUGCGGCAGAACGCGAGGUGGUCCCCGCAGCCUACUUACGCCUACAUGUUCGACCACGCGGGCCCACCAGGGCCCGGCCCAAUGGGCCCACCAGGGCCGGGCCCGAUGGGCCCACCAGGCUCCGGCCCGAUGGGCCCGCAAGGCUUUGACCCUAUGGGCCCCCCUGCGAUGCUCCCCCCUGACAUUCUCAACAAGUACCCUGGAGUGGGACAUGGCGGAGAGUUGCGAUACCUGUUCCAUAGCGCUCGAAGACCGCCCUUCCCCCCAGGCUCCGUCGACGCUGCCCUGCGAGAUAAGAUGGUCAAGAUGUGGACGGACUUCGCGAAAACCGGCUGUCCGACGAGCGACGCGCUGAACGUCACGUGGCUGCCGGCGACACAAGACAAGGAGCGCUACCUGAGGAUAGACGGGGGCUUCACCAUGGAGAGCGACAUGUUCAAGAGGAGGAUGGACUUCUGGGACGACUUGUACGACCAGUUCCUGCCGCGGAGGGACUAUGCCAAAAACAACCUGUUGCAUCGAGCCACCCGCCCACUGAGACGCCUCUUCAGAACGUCAUUUAGUUACUGCCAUAUUAUGAUGUUGGAGUUCGUGACGUUGGAAGUCUCCCAGGGCAGACUGCGGGGCAAGAGAGUGACGUCACCCACAUCUGGGGCCACCUACUACAGCUUCCAGGGCAUUCCUUACGCCAAGCCUCCAGUGGGACCGCUCAGGUUCAAGCCUCCCGAGGACCCGGAGCCCUGGACCGGAACCAGAGAUGCCCUGGAAGAAGGGCCUAUCUGCGUGCAGGUCGACAUCUUGUUUUCUGACGAGUUGGUCGGGGACGAGGACUGCCUGUUCUUAAACGUGUACACGCCACAGUUCGUGACGACGUCGCCCAAGCCGGUGAUGGUGUGGAUCCACGGAGGGAAGUUCAGCAUGGGCUCGGGGAACUGCAACAUGUUCGGCCCGGACUUCCUCGUCGCGCAGAACGUCGUCGUGGUGACAAUCAACUACCGCCUCGGAGCUCUAGGUUUCCUGUACCUGGAAGGUGCUGACGUCACAGGAAACAAUGGGUUCAGGGACCAGGUGAUGGCCUUGAAGUGGGUGAGAGACAACAUCGCCCAGUUCGGAGGAGACCCCGGCAAUGUGACUAUCUUCGGGGAGAGUGCAGGAGGCGCUAGUGUGCACUACCUGACACUGUCACCGCUAGCCUCUGGACUGUUGCACCGGGCCAUCGCGCAGAGCGGCUCCGUGUUCAUCGGCGGCUGCAACGUGCCGGUGGGAGCGGCCAAUCAGAGAGCCCGCCGCCUCGCCAGGGCGCUGGGCUGCAGCUCCGAGGACCCGCGGCAGGUAGCGGCCUGCCUGCGCUCCGUGCCGGCCGAGCAGCUCGUGGCGGACAAGGCCAAGGCUCGAGACAACCAGGAGCUGCACGGAGCGAUACUCGACCAGUUCUUCCCCAGCCACGAGACUGGUCCAGAGGCCUUCCUGCCAGACUCCCCCAGACGGCUGCUGGAGAGCGGUCUCUUCAGCAAGGUGCCCUUCAUCACAGGGGUCACUUCGGCCGAGGGGAAGGUUUACUUCAUCGAUACAUUAUUGCUCACGAGGUUGUCUGACGUGGACAGGAACUUCACGUCAGUGCUGCCAAUGGAACUGUCCGAUAACCUGGACGUCGAGACGUGCAACGAAAUCGCAAAAUGCGUGAAAAAAUUCUACUUCGGCGAGAAACCUCUGAAUAAAGAUACAGUUGCCCAGUUUAUCGACAUGCAGUCGGACCUGGAGUUCGUGUUCCCGGCCCACGAGGCGGCGAGGCGGCACGCCCAGUGGUGCCAACCUGCCGCCACCUUCGCCUACUUGUUCGACCACAGCAGCGCCCCCGGGUUCGCUUUCAUGAGCACCGCCGUCGACCAGGUCCCAGGCGUCGUGCACAGCGGGGAGCUGCCCUACCUGUUCCACGGGUCCAUAGGCCGCAGCUUCCCGCCUGGGUCGCCCGACGCGGAGAUGAGGAGCAAGAUGGUGAAGCUGUGGGCGCAGUUCGCCAGGACAGGGAACCCGUCGAGUGAUGUCGUGAACGUCACUUGGACUCCCGUGACCACAGAUAAACAAAGCUACUUGAAGAUAAACAGAGGGUUCAAGAUGGAGACUAACAUGUACAGGCGAAGGAUGCAGUUCUGGGAAGACUUGUACAGGAAAUAUCUGCCCAAGAAAAAAUAGUGUUGUAUACAUUUGCAGUUACUCAAAACUGGAUGUCAUUUUAUGUGACGUGUACUUAAAAAAAAUUGUUAUUGUUUUUGUAUCAUCAACGACAUCGCGAUAUUCCCAAAAAAAAAUAUGUCAAAGAAAA